UCAUCUGUAAUCUACUUUCCUCCCCUUUCUUCGCUCUUUCUUCCCCAACCGACCUCAUCGUCCGAGGAAAAAAGAAGAAAAGCUUACAAGCCGCCAUGUCUAAUUCUCCCUCGCAGGCGCCGACACCGACACCUACAGCUGACGAAUCGGACGCCGAUAGGGUGGAAUACUGGUGCCAUCACUGCAGCAAACGCGUCUCCGUCGAAACUGUUGAAAAUCUCCCUGAUGUAAUCUGCCGCGAGUGCAAAGACGGAUUCGUGGAGGUCAUCCAAUCGGUACCUUCCGAUGCUGAUCGACACGAUGAUUCCUCUUUUACCUCUCAGUUCGAAUAUGUUUUACGGAUAUUAAGGCAGGUGGCGCGUGAGGACAACGGCACUCAGCCGCCGCCUCAGGAUCCCCAAUCUGAAGACGAUUUCUUUGGAGUUGAACUCGACGGAUGGUACAACGACGAAGACGAUGAUGACGAAAACGACAAUGUGGAAAGUGUAGCGGUAAACGUUGACGAAGAUGAGGUAGAUCGAUCUGUUGAUGAGAUUGAAGAGAACAGAAACACCGGUGAUGACGAUGACGGAGAUCUUAGGCGAAUUACCCGCGAGGAGGUCCUGCGCCGUGUCCGAAACCGCAGGAGACUGAUUCAAAACCAAUUGACGGGGAUCCGAAUGGGCUUUGGAGGCAACUCCAUUGAGUUACGCUUCGAUCUGUUGGAUUCAGACGGCUAUAUUGGCAAUCCAGAGGACUAUGUGGACGCAGCUGGCUUUGAGGAGCUGCUCCAGAACUUGGCCGAGAGUGAUAUUGGAAGGAGGGGCCCGCCACCGGCGGCAAAAUCAGCAGUUUCAGGGUUGCCGACGGUGGAGAUCUUAUCAGAGGCAGAGGCGGUUGUCUGUGUUAUAUGUAAGGAUGUUGUCGGUGUUGGAGAAUUUAUAAAGAAGUUGCCAUGUGGCCAUGGCUACCACGGUGACUGUAUCGUGCCAUGGUUGGGUUCGAGGAAUUCGUGCCCGGUUUGUCGGUUCGAAUUGCCUACUGAUGAUGCUGAGUACGAGGAGGAAAGGAAUAAGAGAGCGCCUCCCAGUGUUGCUGGACCUUCAGCUUCUGGUGCUGGUAAUUCGGGUUCAAGUUAAUUCAAUUGGUAAUUCUGGUGCAUGCAAUGUUCUUCUUCUUUCUUUCUCGGGAGGAUCUUCAGAACUUGUUUAUUAUAAAAUUGUUUAUGAGCUACCUUUUGCCUCUUGUUUAUAACUUUAAUUUGUGCUGGAUUAGACAAGAAUGAAAUUGGAUUUAAUUU